UGAGACUUCGACUAUCGAUUCUCUCUUUCGGGCUGGAUUCCUCAGCACUCACACAACGGUUCCAUUUUCCAGCAAUCGUCUGGUUUUAGCCGCCGCGCAUAUUCCUUAAACUGACUAGGGUGUCUCGACCCAGCUGAGUCCACGGUUGCUCCCGAUCUGAACCCCAUAUCUGAAGCACCGGUUCUGAGGAUUGCACAUCAGCCUGCCAUCGAAAUGUCCGGCUUCCAGUACCAAAAGUGGACGGUCUCUGAGCCGUAUGUCGAUGUACCAGGAACCUUAUUGGAAGGACCGUUUCACGACAAGACCAGAAAUGAGUUUCGCUUUGUCGAUAUCUGGGAGCAGAAACUAUACGUUCUGGACCUGGCCAAAGGCCCCGACUCCCUGAAGAUCAUGGACACAUCUGCGUCAAUCGGAGUAACCGCCAACAUUGCGAAUGCUGGGGAUUCACGCGAAAACCAGAUCGUCGUAGCCGCAAAACAUGGAUUCGCCCUGGUUGACCGCACCACGGGCGCACUGUCCUAUAUUCAGAAAGUGUGGGAAGAUCCGGCCAAGGAGUAUAGAAUGCGUUUCAACGAUGGGGCCGUCGACAGCCACGGCCGCUUCUGGGCUGGAGCCAUGAACGAUCCUAAGGUGCAGAACCCAGUCAACGAAGGUGUGAUAUUCAGGUUAGACCCGGACAUGAAACUGCACCGCAUGGUUGAACAGGUGACGAUUCCCAACGGGAUUGGCUGGAAUCCUGCGGAUGACACUAUGUACCUGACCGACUCUCCCACCGGCAAGAUUUACGCCUUUGAUUUCGAUGCUGAGACCGGAAACAUCAGCAACCGAAGGGUGUUCUUUGACAUUGGGGAGCCAAAGGAGCCAGAUGGGUUUGCCAUCGAUGAGGAGGGGUGUAUAUGGAGUGCUAUUUACGGUGGUGGAAAGGUGAUUCGUAUCUCGCCGGAGGGCAAGGUCAUUGGCGAGAUAACAUUUCCCACGCGAAACAUUACCUGUCCAGUUUUUGUGGGAACGGAGCUCUUCAUCACGACUGCCAAGGAUGAUACCAAUGAUGACCAGCUUCCGGAAUCCGUCCGGUAUGGAGGCCGGCUCUAUAGAGUCGAUGUCGGCAUCAAGGGUAAGCCUAAGAACGAGUUUCGACUUGAAGGCUGCCCACAAUAGGUAGUACUCGAUAGAUUAGCGCAAUUAGUUGACUGCUAAAGAUAAGCCGAUCUGACCGCUUGUCGAACUAUCACCUUGAAAGGAAUCG